AAAGUGAAUGUAAUCGCACGUGACUGCGCGUCGCUGGCUCCUCUAUAGUGCUCUUUAGUGUCUCUAUCAUACGGACGUUUAGAUUGUUGUGGGACGUGAUUUAAAAAAAAAAAAACUCAGCGCCGUUUUUAUAUAGAGCGUCGGCUUGCGCGUGAGUGAACUCAGAAGUCAGAACAGUCGAGUUUUAUGACUGUUGUUACGCGAUUGUGUGGUUCUAUUAAAUGAACUCGACGGACGUUUCGUCUUGUUAGUCGUACGUCCGAGCGUGUUGUUGUUUUUUUUUAAAUUAUAAUACGUGUACUUUGUUGUGUUGGUAUAUGUUUUGUUUUUGAUGUAUAUGUAGGAAAAUUAGUUUACUGCGCGUCGUUCAGUGCUGUGGUGUGCAGUGCCUAUUGUAGUGGUGAUUUUGGAUUUGUUGCUAACAGACGGGCUGGUGUUUUCAAAGGUGUUCCAAGGGAUGCAAAGAGUUCCGGUGUUUCGGAUUUUAGUGUCGCCGCGCCGGUACAGUUGAGUGGCGAAGUGCAUCGGGCGCUGUUCGCUAAUGUUGUGAUAGUCGGCCAGUCAUGGUGCUGACAUGGCGCGCGCUGGCGCUGCUGGCCGCGCUGGGUGUGUGCGCGAGUGUACCCGAGACGUACUACCACAACCACUUCGCCGUCAGAGUGCCGGGCGGCGUCCACCGGGUAGAUGACAUUGCGAAGAGGCACGGAUUCGUCAACCAUGGCCAGAUCGGUGCACUGCCGGACUUCUACCUUCUGUCCCACCACGAGGUGCACAAGCGUUCCACAGAGCCGAGCCACGACCACCACCACAAGCUGAUCAACGAGCCUCAUGUGAAAUGGUUCGAGCAGCAGCGAGAGAAGCGAAGAAUCAAACGCGACUAUAAUCAAGACUCUUUAUUGUCACAAAUCUCCCGGCGACUGUCCCCGCACAGAACUCGACAUCGAGCGAUCACGUCUUCCCCUUUUUUUCCAGACCCAUUGUUUAAGGAGCAAUGGUAUUUGGUACGUAAUGGUGGUGCCAAAGAUGGACUUGAUAUGAAUGUAUCACCAGCGUGGCAGAAAGGAUAUACAGGGAAAGGUGUUGUUGUUUCCAUACUGGACGAUGGUAUUCAAACAAACCAUCCCGACCUCGCGCAGAACUAUGAUCCGCAAGCAUCUACAGAUAUAAACGGUAAUGAUGACGACCCGAUGCCUCAAGACAACGGUGAUAAUAAACACGGAACACGAUGUGCAGGAGAAGUGGCUGCUGUUGCUUACAAUCAGUAUUGUGGAGUUGGAAUAGCUUACAAUGCGAGCAUAGGUGGUGUUAGAAUGUUGGACGGAGUUGUUAAUGAUGCUGUUGAAGCUAGAGCUCUGGGUCUUAAUCCUGACCACAUCGACAUAUACAGUGCGUCGUGGGGUCCAGAGGAUGAUGGAAAAACCGUUGACGGUCCAGGGCCUUUAGCAAGGAGAGCAUUCAUUUACGGAGUAACCAGCGGUAGACGUGGCAAAGGAAGCAUAUUUGUUUGGGCUUCAGGGAACGGUGGUAGACACACGGAUUCAUGCAAUUGCGACGGAUACACGAACAGUAUAUUCACUCUUUCAAUAUCAAGUGCCACUCAAGGAGGUUAUAAGCCAUGGUAUUUAGAAGAAUGCUCUUCAACAUUAGCAAGCACGUACAGUUCAGGUACUCCUGGACAUGACAAGAGCGUGGCAACUGUCGAUAUGGAUGGAAGGUUAAGAGCAGACCAUAUUUGUACUGUAGAACACACAGGGACUUCCGCCUCUGCUCCUUUAGCAGCCGGUAUUUGUGCCCUUGCCUUAGAAGCCAACCCAGAUUUAACCUGGAGAGACAUGCAGUAUUUAGUAGUAUUAACCUCACGACCGCAGCCCCUAGAAAAAGAGAAUGGCUGGAUAGUAAAUGGUGUAAAAAGAAAAGUUAGUCACAAAUUCGGUUAUGGUUUGAUGGAUGCUUCAGAAAUGGUUAAUUUAGCUGAGCAAUGGGUUACUGUUCCUCCUCAACAUAUUUGUAAGUCUCAAGAAAUCAACGAAGAUAAGCCUAUAGAUCCUACUUACGGUUAUACAUUAAGUGUUCACAUGGAUGUUAAUGGAUGUAGUGGAACGGUGAAUGAAGUACGUUAUUUAGAACAUGUUCAGUGUAAAAUAUCUCUAAGAUUCUUCCCUAGAGGAAAUCUCCGUAUUCUUCUUACUUCCCCUAUGCAAACAACAUCAUCUUUAUUAUUUGAGAGGCCUCGAGACGUAGUUAGUUCUAAUUUUGAUGAUUGGCCAUUCUUAAGUGUUCACUUCUGGGGUGAACGAGCUGAGGGUAGGUGGACCCUACAAAUUGUCAACGCAGGUAACAGACACGUUAACCAACCAGGUAUACUCAAGAAGUGGCAACUAAUAUUCUACGGUACUGCCUCAGAUCCUGUCAGAUUACGAUCUAAAAGGCCAUCUGCUUUAGUGCCACCGUAUGGAUUCCCAACAGCCGCAGACGGCUACGAUUCUGUCGGGGAUUCUUUUUACAAUACUGACGCGUUUACCAACUAUCAAAACUUUCCUACUUUAUUCGCCGCCGGAUCAGAUCCGGAAAAGGCGGUAGCCCAGCUCGAUGGACAUAACAUCCCUUCACCGCAUGGGGAAAAUGUCCUCGCCGAUAGUAAUGAUAGACGUGUCAUGUAUAAUUGUGACCCUGAAUGCGAUUCUCAAGGAUGCUACGGAAGUGGACCAACGCAAUGCAUAUCCUGCAAACAUUACCGACUCGACGAUGCCUGUGUGUCUCGUUGCCCGCCAAGAAGCUACGCGAACCAAGGUGGAGUAUGCUGGCCUUGUCAUGAAUAUUGCGAAACCUGUGUUGGUCCCGGACAAGAUUCCUGUUUAACUUGUGCGCCAGCAUACUUGUUAGUAGCCGAUUUAGGAGUGUGUACUCAGCAAUGUCCUGACGGGUAUUGGGAGGAUAAUGAUUCAUCAUCUUGCCGACCUUGUGCUUCACAUUGUUCCACAUGUUCUGAAAGAGCUCACCUGUGCACGUCUUGUGAACAUCACUUAGUACUUUAUAACGGCACUUGCUCGGCUUCGUGUCCGCCUUCUACAUAUGAAACUGAUGACUAUUCUUGUGCAAAGUGUCAUACAUCGUGUGACACGUGCAGUGGGCCUGGCGAGAAACAAUGUAUCACUUGCCAUGCUUCUAACUAUAUACUUGAUGGAAGCUGCGUCAGUACAUGUCCUGGUGGAUAUUAUGCAGAUAAAAAAAGAAAAGAAUGUAUGAAAUGUCCCCUCGGUUGUUCGACUUGCUUGGCCACAUUUUGUUUGUCUUGCAACUCGAACUGGGAAUUGAACAAAAAGGGUAAAUGUGUUGCUGCUGGAAGCGAUCAGUGCACGUCUUCAGAGUUUUCGGAUGGCGCCAAUUGCAAAAACUGCCACACUGACUGUGAGUCUUGUUACGGGGAAACUGAAGCUAAUUGUCUUACCUGUCCAUCGCCCUAUUUGCUGCAAAAUCACAAAUGUGUGAUGGAAUGCAGCCGUGGUUACUACCCCGAAGCAGGCAGAUGCGCGCGAUGCUUGCACGGCUGUGCAUCUUGCGCGUCGCGACUCAACUGUACCACGUGUUCAGACUCUUUGAAGUUACAGUCAGGAGCAUGUAGGGCAUCUUGCGCUGCUGGGUAUUACGCUGACCGCAGUACAUGCACCAAGUGCUACAUCUCGUGUCGCACGUGUAUCGGGCCCAGGCGCGACCAGUGCGGGUCCUGUCCCAGCGGGUGGAAGCUAGCUGCCGGGGAGUGCCACCCUGAGUGUCCUCAAGGUUUCUACCAAACGGACGACGGUUGUCGCCACUGCCACCACUACUGUCGGGAAUGCAACGGCUCAGGCCCUCUACACUGCACGUCGUGCCCACCGCGGUUCAUGUUAGACGGCGGGCUUUGUAUGGAAUGCCUCGGAUCGCAGUACCUGGACACCAGCAAUGGAACGUGUCACGCUUGCGAUGCAUCGUGUCGAACGUGCUCUGGGCCCGGACAGAAUAGCUGCACUGGAUGUGCCAGACCUUUGAAGCUUGAUAAGUUGAACAACCAAUGCGUCCGAUGCUGCUCCGAGCUCGGCGUGUCCGCUAACUCUACGCCUCCGUCCGACUGCUGUCACUGCCACCCCGACACUGGGGAGUGUAUGAGCUCGUCUAUAGCGGGCAAGCGACGUAACUCUGAGUCAGCCGCCCUGCACACCGUGGCGAGCGAGCGACCCGCCUCGCUCUUCAGCAUUGUGAUCGCGGGCGGCGUCGUCGCUCUGGUUGUGCUGUCCGUGAUGGUGGUGCAGUUGCGGAGAUCGCGUCACCAACUGCAGCCGCGAUCAAAAGGCGCGGUGUAUUCGCCGCUCGCGUGUAACGAUGACGGCGAAGUCGCAGUGCUCGGCUCGCGAACGACCUUCCCCGCGAACGACGGCGAGCGCGAACGUUACGAGCAGGAGCCGCUGCUCGAACAUUCCACAUAGCACUCUGUGAUGCUAGACGUAAGUGAUCUUGACGUAAGCCUAACGUAAAUCCGUUCGAUGCCUCUUGUACUAGUGUAAAAGCAAGUACGUCCUGCGAAAUAUUAGUACUGUACAUGACAUUAGUAGAACGAUAUAGAUGACAAUCCUGUAGUUCUAUUCUGUAACUAUGUUUUUAUAACUUGUGUUUUAAUUUCGCCUCUAUCUAUCUCUGUCUAACACGAUACUAUAGACAGAGAGAUAAAGACUAUUUCGAAGCUUACACUAGCUACGAGCUACUGCUUUGCUGAAUCUUACGACGCAUUUUUUUCUGCCAAUUUUUUUUUAAAUAUCACUUUGCCAAAAUUCAAGUAUUGUCAAUAGACAAUACUUGAAUUUGAAUCUUAAUGUUGCAAAUUUUGUCAAAGUUGGAGUAAAAAAAUUUUUGAUUGUGUGUGCAUAAAUAUUUUUUUAUUAUGUGAUACGAAAAAGAAAAUAUUUCGUUGAGCGAACUUGCUUGUAUGAGUGUGCGUACACGAACUACUUUUGUGUCCCACAAGUCUAUAAAAUAUUAAAAUGUGUGCGCAUUCACGACCGUCGCGUCGCCUCUCCUUACGAGGUAACGGCUCUUAGAGUAACUUUUGUCUUUAACUGGAUAAACUUGCGAAAACAAAAAUUGUUCGUGUGUACAUACUCUAAACAUUUUUGUUAUGUAAGUCAAUUGAAAUAUAUAGUUCAAAAUAUAUAACAUUGGAACACCAAUUUGAAAAAUAUAUGCGUAUAAGUAUAAUGAUAAUCAUGUUUUGUUCAGAUUUGGACAAACGUUUUAAACCUAUAUUUGUUCUAAUAAGUUCUAAGAUUAUGUGUGUAUAUAUUUUUUUGAAAAUGUCAUAAUAUUUUUUCGUUCGCUGGCAUAAAAAAAUAAAAGCCAUGAUAAAUCGAUAAUAAAGUCAGAUGUAAAUUGAUUUUUGUUAGUAUAGAUACCUCAAAAUUUUUGUUAUUUUUAUAUCACAAAAAAAGUCACAAUUUUUUUUUAUCUCAGUAUUGAAUUUUACACAAUGUGUAACUAAUUAUCACAAAUUUUAGUAAAUAAUGACGUCGUUCAUUAGAGGACCAUUAUGUAUAAGAUUUUGAUAUACUUAGCUCAGGAAGUCAAAUAGAAUUAGUGUAAGAAAUCAAAUGAGACAUGUAUCUCUUAUCUAUUCUAAGGCGUUAAAGUAUCGUAAAAAAUCCUUUUACCAUACAUGUACUAACUCUGGUUGACGGGUAUAGGACGAUGUAAAGUAACAUAUUCUUAUGCUAGCUACUCACUAUCCAGUAAGUCCACAUCACUAAGGGCAGAACGUCCGAUAAAACUGAUCGUGUGUUUGUCGCGAUGUGCAUGAGGCGCUGCAAGCACGUGGACUUACUGAAUGGUAAGUGUCUAGCAUUAGCUUGUGUGCUAUGGGAGAUAAUGCUUUACUAUAGGUAUAUACCUAACUCGGCAUUAAUCACGCGUGUAUCUACUUGUACCGUUAGCUGGUUUUAUACGUCAUAAAAAAACAUUUUAUAUAAAGUCAUAUUUAUAAUAAAUAUGUUAUAGUAUAACACAUACGCGAACCUACAUUAUAAGUGUUUUUGUAUAAAAUCUACUUUUUCCUGAGCUUUUAAAAAUUUCGAAAAUCCUAAACUGUAUUUAAUCUGAAUUUUAUUUUAUUAUUUGCUAAAAUCUGAUUCUCUUACUACAUUUAUUGACGCUUACUUCAAAAAAUUAAGUCCGGUAGUUAAAAACCAGCAAGAAAUCUAAUAAUGUCUAUCAUCCUACUCCACUAGCGAGAAUCAGAAUCCUGGAUUAUUAUCCAUUUUGUAAUAUAGAUAGGUAUAAAUAAAGUAAUGAACAAAAUGUUCUACAGGGCUUUGGCCCAGUGCCGUAUAUAAAUGUGAUAUGGUGUUAGUUCUAUAAUAAUAAUAAUUACACAAUAUAAAAUGCAUUGUUUGAUGUUAUAUAUAAAUACGAGCAGACGCCCAGCGGUUUCACCCACGUAGUUCCUGUUCCCGUAGGACUACGGGGAGAAAAUAGACAAUGACACUCAUAAAUAACGUGGUAUUUCUAUUGGUAUAAGAAUUUUUAAAAAUUUUUUAGUUGAUAGAUUGCCUCUACAACUCACAAACUUUACCAAUUCAUAAUAUUAGUAUAGAAAAACUCGAAAUUCUUUAAUAGUAAUAUAACCGUCAUAAUAUGUGACAAAAAUAUUUAUGUCCUUAACAUAUGUAUUAGGUAGGUAAACUAAAUUAACCUAGCACAAGUUUGUGGACAGAUAAAAAUAAAAUAACUCCAUAUGAGGUUAGUUGCUAGUUUUCGUUCCUAGAUUUUGCGUGAAAAUUGAUGAAAAAAAUUCGAUAAAUGGAAAUAUAGAAGUAAAGAGAAAACCACAAAAUGUUCUCGAAUGACUUGGUAAAUAUUGCGAAAAAUGAGUACGCCUAACGAUGUAUACAGUACAAUAUCCAGAGUAAAUGCUUCUCUAAGAUCAUUACACCAAAUUGACAUAUUAUGGGAGCCAAUAAAAUGUCAAUGCGGCAUAUAAACACCGACAAAGAUUUUCCUUGUCGGCUCGGAAAAACAUUUUUUGUCAAUGUCAAAGUCCCCUCAAGUGUACUGUAAUUACUUGUGGGUCAAAUGUUAUUUUUUUAUAUCUUUUUUAUGUUCAAUGUAUUUUCAUUUAAUAACAAACAUGAUAUUUUUGCAAAUAAAACUUUAAUGAUUCAAAAAAAAUCAUUUGUGUUUAAUAGAAUAAUUCGAUCGUGUUUGUGGUAUUUCAAAUAUGUCAUAUAGGCGCCACGCGGUUUUAUCCGUAGUUCCUGUUCCCGAGGGAAUACAAUAAUUAAAUACAGCCUAUGACAUUCACACGUAACGUGGCUUUCUAUUAGCAAAAGAAUUUUCAAAAUCGGUUCAAUGAUUCCAGAGAUAAUCCUCUACAACAUCGCAAACUUUACCUUUCUAUAAUAUUAAAAAAAAUCAUAUGAAUCCUUCUUUAGUAUUAACCGACUGUGUAAAAGGGACACGCGAUUUCUUUAUUUGAACACGCAAUUUCUCUCAAAAUGGCGAUGUCUUUUGGACUAAAAAGGUAGCUUUUGGGCAAACGCAUUUCACCAUAACCUCCUCCUUUUUGGAAGUCGGUUAAAAAACUGCGUAAAUGCUACACCCAUGAUAGCAGCCAGGCGCUAAAAGGCGGGGAUAAAAAAAUGUUGCCACGUGCACUCUAUACGUACAUAAAAGCACUUUAUACCCAAAAAUAUUUUACGCUGGAUUUUGUACUUUGUACUAACUGCAUUGCAGUGUCACCCAAGGCAGAAACUGUGCAGUGUGCAUGCCAAAAUAAAGUCCAUAUUUCGUUUUUUUUUCUUUUUUUUUCGCUAUAAUAGUAGACAAACAAGCAAGCGUGUUACCUGAUGGCCUAGCAUACUUCAACCAACAGCGGAUCACGCUUUUUGUUUUACCCUACACAAGGAGAGUGAGAGCAAGCAAUAUUUUCGAAUCCGCUGCUCUUGGACAUUUGCCUUUUUUUUUUUUAUUCUUUACAAGUUAGCCCUUGACUACAAUCUCACCUGAUGGUAAGUGAUGAUGCAGUCUAAGAUGUAAGCGGGCUAACUUGUUAGAAGGAGGAUGAAUCCACACCCCUUUCGGUUUCUACACGGCAUCGUACCGGAACGCUAAAUCGAAUGGUACGUCUUUGCCGGUAGGGUGGUAACUAGCCACGGCCUCCCACCAGCCAGACCUGGACAAAUUAAGAAAAUCUCAAUCUGCCCAGCCGGGGAUCGAACCCAGGACCUCCGUGUUUAUAUACACCGCGCAUAUUACCGCGCCACGGAGGCCGUGCCUUUCUCUUGUCUCGAAAUUGCGACAUCAGAGGCAAUGAUAUUACGUUGCUGGUUUUUGAAUGAGGUGCUUAUAAGCACCUUAAUUAAUAAUCCCAUAUUUAAACUGUUAGGAAGCAUUGUGUCCGAACGACAUAGUUACCUAAUUUGAAUAAAAUAAAUGAAUGUAAAAAAAUCUCACCGAUUUACCCGUCUUGAAAUACCCCGAGAUGGUCUAAAAUAAAAUUAAAGGCACACCGGAGCCCCGGUCAAGGAUUUAGCCAGUCAAAUAGCAACCCUUAUUAGCCCGUUGUUUACAUACUGAAAGGAAAAUUUUGCUUACAGUCCCCUAUAAGACUGUAAAUCUUCCGAAUUGUCUUGUUAGGAAUCCGCUUACGGAGCUCUGUCCCUCGCAAAGUCAAUAGUUAAACAUUGGAGCCUCAGCAUAAGUUAGUUAGGUUUAGUUUGCCAAGGGAAUCAAUAACGCCUCACGUGGGUUUCGCUUACACUGGGGCGAGUUUGCAAUUUCUGAACGUUGGGCCUACCAACAAGUUUUAAUUGAUAUUUGCAUAUAUGAACAGUCUUGGGCAGUAGUACCUUUUGAAAAUGAUAUUAAUAGAAAAUGUAUUGUUUUGUAUAUUUGCUGUAUAUAUGUUGUAUUGUAUAUGUUACCGUUAAAUUGUAAAAUACUUUAGUUUAUAAUCUUACUCCUGAUAUUGUAAUCUGUCGAUAUAUUGUGAACUGAUCAUACUGUUUACAAUUUAACACGUUAUUUUAUUCUCAUGUCUGGAAUAUUUCGGAGUUUAUGUUUUUCCUAACCUAUGUUUAAAAUACAAGGGUGAAUAGGCACUUUCUAAGCAAGCGUAUUCCAUCUUAGGCCACAUCUACACCUCCCCAGAGGCGUUCAAGCGCGAGCUUAUUUAUUAUUCAAAAAAAUCAUGACUAGUAGGAGUCAUGAUUUUUUAAGGUUAAAGUUUGAACAGACUGUGAACUUAGUAGGAGGGUGACAUAUUUUGUUUAACACAUGUGUGAAAAAAAUACGAAAAAAUAUUUCCAUGGAUCCAUCUAGGUUCUAGUAUUUAGUUUGAGCUGUGCGUUUAUAUUUGAGUCAGUCAGUUAAAUGUAAUUUUUAACUUGUCCACUCACUAAUGUCACAAUACAACCUUGGUUUUAAUAGAGGUGAUCACUAAUAAUAAAGCAUAAUAUUUUAAGAAACUUUCUUAGAAGUUAUCAAAUAAAGUGUAAUUAUUAUAGUUUCUCAAACUCCUAUUUAUAUAAUAUUAACACCAAACAAUGCAUCAUACGAUAAAUUCCGUAAAUCUUUACUCACAAAAAAUAUAAUUAAUUUUCAUUUAAAACUAAUUGAAUUUAGCCAUAUAAAAAUGUCAGUAAUAAAUAAAGAUUUUAAUCUAAAUAUGUUAGCUCUCAGGGAAAUUAUUGUCACAAUUUUAUUUUAGUAUGUAGUCCAAGAGUUACCAAUAGAAAAAAUAACUGUAAAAUACUAUUUUUGAAAGAUCUAGAUGAAGCAGAAACAAUAGAUUUUAAAUUAUAAAUAAUAGCAUAUAUUUCGAAUAUUAGACAAAAUAAUAUCCCAUUUAGAUAUUCGUCACUUUUCAAAUUUUAAUUUUCAUGUUCAUGAAAUUAUUUUUUUUUUUAAAGUGACAUUAAAAUUUUUGUCAUUUUUAGUUUUAGUCAUUUAUUACUUGUCAUAACUUGUCUUUAUUUUUAAGUGAAAACUUUAACUAACAUCUUGAACACAUAGUUUCUGUGUCUACAUUGAACUCUGAACUAAUAAAAAAUUUAAUUUAGGCAAGUACCUAGAAAAAAUAUUUAAAUAAGUUCUCUCAUUCAUCUAUACAUUUAUUAGAAUGAAACAGAAAUAUUCUAAUGCCAACUGUUACACCAGCUACACACUAUCAAGUUUACCUUCAAGUCAGUGGCGGUCAAUGACCUUAAACUUGAUCGUGAGUUGCCGCGAUAAGUUAUCACAAACAAAA